AAAGUUGAUGAUAUAAUAAUAAACCUCAAAUAUUUAGUGGUAUGCUAAAAUAAUCUAGUAAAGAUGAAACAAGUUACUGUGAUUUUUGUUUUGUUCGUUUUUUUUCACUGUGUAUGGUCUUUUAAUACACCACCACCAGGAAGUACUUUCCCUCCAGGAGGUCUAGAUUGGCAGAACUGCACCAAACCCAACGAAUACUAUGACUGUGGCAGCCCUUGUCAAAGAGAAUGCAAAACUUUAAACGAACCUUGUAGGAUUAACUCCUUUAGAUGUGUUGACACCUGUUAUUGCAUCCAAGGUUAUGCUAGGGAUGACAACCAAAAUUGUAUUCCGGAAAAGGACUGUAACAAAUAAGUUUUUAGAUUUUUUGUAAAAUAAACAAAUUAUAUUAGCAGAUAA